UUGCUGGGAAGGGGAUAGUCUGGGGGAAACUAGGGAUUACACUGUCUACUUGCCUCUAAAGGAAUACUUUCCUCUCUGGACUCUCCACUGAAGAGAACUUGGAACAGCAUCUUAAAAGAAUCCAGAGCACUUCAAAUUUUUACCCAUCAUUACAACUAACGCAUAUAACAUCAUCAAGGAAACCAUGCACACCAACUACAGUGUCACUCUUGUAGGCCCUGCCCCCUGGGGUUUCAGGCUGCAAGGAGGCAAGGAUUUCAACCUACCCCUCAGCAUCUCCAGGCUGACAGAGGGUGGAAAGGCAGCUAAAGGUGGUAUUGCUAUUGGAGAUCUGGUUCUGUCUAUUGAUGGCAUCACCACAGAUGGCAUGAACCACCUGGAGGCACAGAACAAGAUCAAGAGCUGCACCGGCAACCUCAGCCUCACCCUGCAGAAGGGACCCAGAGAUCCCCAACCACCUCCUGUGGCGCCAAAGGGUGACAGAUCAGACAUCAUAAAACCAGUGGCGCUCACCCAUCCUCCUCCACCACCCCAUUCCCACCCUCACUCCUUCACCUCCUCUGCCUUCCCCUAUAAUAAAACCCCCAGACCUUAUGGGGGCUGUGGAUCAGAGAGUGAAUAUCCUGCUUCACAGUCACCUUUUGCUGCUUUCAUCCCAUCCCCAUCUUCUGCCUUCACUCCUGCCUCGUCCUGCACCAAUCCUUUUCCUUCCCCUCCUCCUCCACCUCCUGUCUCUUACCCAUCCUCUUCCUCCUCCUCCUCCUCCUACUCCUCCUCGGCCCCUGUCGUUGUUCCGCCUCAGCCAUCGGUGUAUAACACGCCAAUCAACCUAUACUCCACUGAGAAUGCAUGUGAGGUGGCCAUGGGGCAGAGGCGUGGCCUAUUGGAGAGUCAGGGUGGAGCCUUGCCGCUGCAGUUUAAUGGAGUUCCAAGGAAGCACAUUGUGGACACAGACAUCCAUUUUUACCACGUGCCCACUCAUGCUAAUGCCAGCAGGAAGCGUAUAAUGGAGGACACAGAGGACUGGCGUCCGCGCACCGGCACCACCCAGUCCAGAUCCUUCAGAAUUCUGGCUCAGAUCACUGGCACCGAGCAUGCUGAAGAGGAGGAAACUGACCAAGCCAAGAAGACAAGUGAGGAAAGUGAAGAGGCUGAACUCAAUAGCCAUGAGUCUGCAGUUGUCAAGACUAUGAUCAAAGGACCCGCAGCAGCCAAAGGUCAUAGUCCACAGACUGGUUUGAUCACCCCAUCUUUUGGUAUGAAGGGUAACGGCAGUGCCAGUGUCCCGAGGGGUCCUGUCCCUGCCCGACCUGUACCUCAGCCCCACCCUAAAGAUGAGGACACUCUGGUCCAGAUGGCAGAACAUAUCCCUGCUGGGAUGCGUACACCCAUGUGCGCUCACUGCAACAUGGUCAUCAGAGGACCCUUUUUGGUAGCAAUGGGAAAAUCGUGGCAUAAGGAGGAAUUUAACUGUGCCCGCUGCCAUACAUCCCUAGCAGACAUAGGCUUUGUGGAGGAAAAGGGAUGUGUCUACUGUGAACAUUGCUACGAAGAGUUUUUUGCUCCAACAUGCAGCCGCUGCCAGGCCAAGAUACUGGGGGAGGUGAUAAAUGCUCUUAAACAGACAUGGCAUGUUCACUGCUUCCUGUGCGCUCGCUGUCAGCAGCCAAUCAGAAACAAUACCUUCCACCUGGAGGACGGAGAACCAUUCUGUGAACAAGACUUCUACAGUUUGUUUGGGACUGGCUGCCAUGGCUGUGAGUUUCCCAUCGAGGCUGGAGACAAGUUCCUGGAGGCACUUGGUUACACCUGGCAUGACACCUGCUUUGUUUGUGCUGUGUGUAACACCGCUCUGGAAGGCCAGACCUUCUUCUCCAAGAAAGACAAGCCUCUUUGCAAGAAACAUGCUCACGCACUGAAGAUAUGAAUCUUGGACUUUCCUCAUAAUCACUUUUUAGCCAUACAUUGCCUCUUUAUUUGGUAGGUGAGAAGGCAUCAGCUCAACUCUAGAGAUGCUUGUGCAGGUCACAAUAAAGGACAUGCUGCCAUGUAUGCAAAAGUAAAAUUAUUCUUGUUCAGAGACCAAGACCAACUGCAAAAGUCUUUUUUUAAUGAUUCCUAAUACAAGCAGUAAAAUAGCCUAUAGCAAAGGAUCACUGUUAUAAUUGAUUUUCAUUUGUUUGUUUUGUUGUUUUUUUUCUUCCUCAUCUAUCCAAAAGUAGAACAGAAACAUGAAAACUUUGAAUUUAGUUGUUGUUUCAGAAACAUGAGAUUAAUUCUGAGUUUCUUCUGCAUCAACAUACACACAUAGGUGUUUAUUUCUGUUAGUAUUAAUUAUUGUGUAGCUCUAAUCAAAUGUAAUAGCCUUUAAUAAUAAUGACCUUUACUGUUCAUGUAUACACAGCCAUAAAAAUAUCAAACUAUGCAUCAACAAAUCUACAAUGUGC